AUGGCGGCGCAAGCCACUGGGGUCUUUGACCCAAACGAGUACUAUCGACUGACGAACCUCGCGCUGGGCGGCGAGUUUUCUCUCGAUGUCGACGCUUCCAAGGAGAUUCCCGAUGGCAAGCUGGUCAUGGCACCGUCAGGACUGUACACGGGACAGAUCUAUCAGAUUCUGGAGAACUCAGAUGAUCCGGGGCACUACUGGUUCGCGAGCUCCUGGCUGGGGGCGAAAAAGAAGAUGGACGCUGUCAUCAACGACAGAGGGGACUACGCACCAUUCCUGAGGAAUUUCACAACGGAUUACAACCAGACGUGGGGUCUCACACAACACGUUGAUGUGGCAAACAACCGCACGACAUGGACGAUUAUGCCGAACUGGUUCGGCGGCGUGGGAUCAAGCAUGGCCAUGAGUGUUUACAACGACACCAAGCAGCCCUACCUGGCCACACCCGGACCGAACCCGGAUCUUGGGAAUGGCGACGUCAACCAGGCAUGGUUCAUCACGAGAGAAGAGUUGACUAUUGAUGACCCUACGUUUUCGGCAACAAACCUGCCAGCUCUGGCUACCGCUGCACCAAUAACACCUGAAGGGGUGACUGCGACUGCUGAGGCAACACCAACGUCUACGGGAGGCUCAAAAGAAGAGUCAAGUGAAACUGAUCACCUCGCUGGCCCGCUGAUCGCCGCUGCCGUGGUCCCAACUGUAACCGUCUUUCUUGCAGUCAUCGCCUUCAUCGCUUUCAUCUGCCUGCGCCGCCGCAGGGCAAGGAGGAUGGCGCGGAACAUGCCGUACGGAAGUGGGACAGCCGCAGCAUCCAAGGAUGGCCUCGCGUCCGAGAUCCUCGACACGUUCAGCGUGGAGACACUGGGCCACUGGCGUCGGAGACACUCCCUACGAGAGAAGGGCCACCCGUUCUCUCAGAGCGUGGCAAGCAGUCACCUGAGCGAGCCCCGACUCCCGCGUCUGCCCGAGGACAGCGCCAUGUCUAUCAAUCCGCGUGCGAAUCCGUUGAGGCCUCCCCCAUUGCGAACGGCAUCAUCCGGCCGGGGUAAUCCUCAGCUUCAUGGCAGACCAGCAUUCUUUGGGUCUUCAGCUCUAGAACUGUCCGGCACUGAUACGACCCUGACCAGCCAAGACUUGUACCAUAUGCAGAUUGAGGAAUUGAGCGGACUAUCGCCCACUAGAAAGCCACCGUGGAUGGAGGAACGCAGUCCAAGUGUCAUGGAAGGAAAGGGGAUGGAAGUUUUGGACACGACGUCUGGCGACGUGCACAAUCAUGACCAGAGACACGGACGGAAUAACAGGCCACCAAGUCUUUUCGAGUUGGAAAAUACCCGGCCGACGAGCAGAUAUGAGCUGGAAUGA